CUGGCGAGUAAAGCACUUGCACGGUUGUUGCACCGAACGGCCGUGACCGCGAGACAGACCCAACAGCUCCGACUAAGAACGGCCGGCGGCGCUUCGUGCGGCUAGGGCGAGUCUACCUCGGCCGUUCUACCAAGGCCAAGCUAGGGCACGGCGGCCGUCAGGGCUCCAACGAGCAACACCGGCCCUCUCGACAAGAGAGGACCUGCUCCGUGCAGCGGCACCGGGUCCGCGUCAAGACAAGAAGGCAUGGCAAAGGCGGGAGAGAACAGCUUUGAGGAUGAAAUCAUGGAGUCGGACAUCGAAUUGGAAGGGGAAGUUGUUGAGCCGGACAAUGAUCCUCUGCAGAAGAUGGGAGAUCCAUCGGUUGAAGUCUCUGAAGAAAUGCGCGACAAGGCACAGCUCUACAAAAAGAAGGGCGUUGAUGCGCUUUCAGAAGGUAAACUGGACGAAGCAGUCGAGCACCUGACGGAGGCCAUCUUGCUGAACCCCACUUCAGCUAUCCUCUAUGCAGCCAGGGCUGGUGUUUUUGUGAAGAUGAAGAAACCAAAUGCAGCAAUUCUUGAUGCGGAGGCAGCAUUGCAGAUAAAUCCAGAUUCUGCUAAAGGAUAUAAAUCACGAGGGAUGGCGAAAGCUAUGCUUGGGAAGUGGGAAGAUGCUGCUCAUGACCUUCACUUGGCAGCAAAAUUGGAUUUUGAUGAAGAGAUCAGCUCAGAGCUUAAGAAGGUUGAACCCAAUGUACACAAAAUUGAGGAGCACAAGAAAAGGUAUGAACGCCUGCGUAAAGAGAGGGACAUGAAAAAAGCUGACUUGGAAAGACAGCGUAGGCAUGCUGAGGAGGUUUCUGCUGCUUCUGCUGUUCUAAAGCCUGGUGAUGUGAUCACUAUCCACUCAUCUAAUCAACUGGAAGAAAUAUUUACAGCCGCGUCAAAACUGUCAAAGCUUGUGAUUCUGUAUUUUACUGCAACAUGGUGUGGACCAUGUCGUUUUAUGGGCCCUGUUUACAAAAGCUUAUCUGAACAGCACCGGAAUGUCAUAUUCCUUAAGCUGGACAUUGAUCAACAAAGCAAUAUUGCCCGUCGCUGGAAUGUCUCGAGUGUUCCAACAUUCUCCUGUGUGAUAAACGGCAAAGAGAUUGAUAAGGUUGUCGGGGCUGACAAGACCGGCCUUGAGAGAAAAAUUGCGGAGCAUGGCUCUCGUAAACAGUGAGCUAUCAUGUUACUCCUAUGUUGUACUCAUAUGGACUCAACUCUCAAUAAAUGAGCGGUUAUGAAUAAAAAUUGACCUACAUGUGUGGAAA